AGGCGGCCCGGCGCGCAGCGGCCCUGCGGCGCCCAUGGCCACCGCGGCAGAAGGCGGACGCGGCUGCCCGCUGCCCACGGGCCCCAUGUACCGGCCGGCCGCCGGCUCCCCCCCGGAAGAGGAGCCGCUGACGGACGAGCCGUCGCUGAACACGUACAGGCGGCAAAAGCCAAGCGACCGCUUAAAUGGGGCCUACGUUAUAUUCUUCAUCUUGGGCAUCGGUUCGCUGCUGCCCUGGAAUUUUUUCGUCACGGCGAAGCAAUACUGGAUGUAUAAACUGCAGAACUGCUCCGGCCCGACGGGACAGGGAGCCUCCGACCUCCGAGACUUUUUUGAGAGCUACAUCUCCAUUGCUUCGACCGUGCCCUCGGUGCUCUGCCUGGUUGGAAACUUCCUGCUUGUCAACAGGGUGCCUGCCAGCGUCCGCAUCCUGUCCUCCCUGUUCGUGAUGCUCGCCGUCUUCCUGGUGAUCACGGUGCUGGUGAAGGUAGACACUUCCACCUGGACCACCCCCUUCUUCGCCAUCACCAUCAUCUGCGUGGUGGUUGUCAGCGGCGCCUCCACCGUCUUCACCAGCAGCAUCUUCGGCCUGACGAGCUGCUUCCCGAUGAAGAAUUCCCAGGCCUUGAUCUCAGGCCAGGCCAUGGGCGGCACGGUCAGCGCCAUCGCCUCCGUGAUAGACCUUGCCGUGGCAGUCGACAUUACCGACAGCGCCCUGGCCUACUUCCUGACAGCAGACAUCUUCAUUGUUAUCUGCAUCAUGGUCUACCUCCUCCUUCCCAAGCUCGAGUACUCCAGAUAUUACAUGAGAACCCACAAAGAAAGCCCAUAUCUGGCAGCAGAAUCGCCCAGCAGCCCUUUAGAGGAAGGGUCACAAGGCAGUGUGGAUGACUUGUUUUUAGCAAAAGGGACCAGCACUCCAGAUAACCCCCUGCUCUGCCCCAUCCUGAGAAAGACAGCCGUCCUAGGCUUCUGCGUCUUCUAUGUCUUCUUCAUCUCUAUCAUCAUUUUCCCUUCUCUCUCCUCCAACAUAGAGUCUGUCAACAAGUCCUCUGGCAGUCUGUGGACCAACAAGUACUUCGUUCCGCUCACGAGUUUCCUCCUGUACAAUUUUGCGGACUGGUGUGGGAGGCAAAUCACUGUCUGGAUCCAGGCCCCAGGCCCGAAGAGCAAGCUGCUGCCCGCUCUUGUUCUCCUGAGGACUGUCUCGCUCCCGCUGUUCAUCCUGAGCAACUACCAGCCUCGGACUCGAAUCAAAACCGUUGUCUUCAAUCGAGACGUGUACCCGGUGGUCUUCACCACGCUCCUAGGACUCAGCAACGGCUACCUGGGAACACUAGCCAUCAUCUACGGCCCCAAGAUCGUGCCGAAAGAGUUGGCCGAGGCAGCGGGGGUGGUGAUGACGUUUUAUCUUAUGCUGGGGCUGGCGCUGGGGUCCGCCUGCUCCGUUCUCGUUGUCCACCUCAUGUAGAGGAGCGGUGGAGGGCCCCGCUUGCUGCGCGUUACUACUUUGGGGUAUUCCUCCUUUGCCUUUCCAAAAGGUAAGGAGUGCUGCGUUUUCAGGGCAGACCCCAAACGGUGCAGCCGUUACAGCGUGGCCGGCAGCCUGCCUCUGAGCGUUGGUUUGGCGUCCAGGAGGAGGUCUGCCUUCAGCAAACGGGUGCUCUCUGGUCUGUUUGCUUCCCUACAUUCAAAAGGUCCUUCGGACCUUGGUCACUCAGGGAGGCCUAGAUUCUGCCAAUUCCUUUACUGGUGGAUUUUUUUCCACCAGUGCGAGAAUUUAAAAAAAUUAUUACUUUAGAGCAUAACUGAAGGAUCAGCGUAAUAAUUGUACUUGCAAAGCUGUGCUGGAAGGAUUGAGAGCGCAAAGGAGACGGGACGAGACCAGCUCCUUCCCUGGUGCUCAGGGAAGCACUAGGCUACCCGAACUACCGGCACAUGGCAUCAAGGCUCUUGCCAGCCCUGGUGGCUGCAGCUCUCUCCUGCCCACACCUGCACCAACAACCAGACGGUCUCUGCCAUGGCCCUGGGUCACCCCAAUGCCGCAACAUCUUUUAGUGCGGCUGGCUGGCGUAGUUCUGCUUUUGGGUUGUCUCACUGCCUGCGCCAGAUGCUCUGGGUACCCCGAGCUAUUUGUGGACACUAACUUAUUUUUCAAAGGAAACUGAAAUUCUAAGUAGCCUUCUGUGUUUUUAAGGUGCCUCUUGCCCGUGUUGAAAAAGGUCUAUAAAAUUCAGGGCGAGUUAUUAGAAAGGCUCUGAUGUUAUGCUUUCUAAUUCACUCUAGAAAAUCAGUUAAUUCCGGUUAAUUCAAGUAGACAGAUGGCAUAUGGUACCCAGAUGCUUUCAGAAGGAUGAGCUACUGUAACACCCAAAAAGGUGCCCACCCCCAAGGGGGAUCGGCUUUUAAAGCCGCUUUAAACUUAUGUAUGCAAAUGCAGCCUAGAUUAAAUGCUGUUAUUGUAUUUAUCUUCUCAAAUUACACAGAUUUGGGAUUCGUGGUCUGAGAGAGGUGAACUAAUAAGGAAGGUGUUUAGUUUGGGCUUGUUGGCAAAACCACGCACACUUUUUGUUUUAUGGGUGAUUUUUAAAACAUAAAGUCCAGACGUGAGCGGAAAAUGUACAGGGCGCGCGAUGCAGAGGGAGGGCUUUGCGGCGCGGGGCUUUGCGCGGCGCGGGCUCUGAAGCUCGUGCCGCCCUUUCGUUCGGCUCUUGGUCUGGCAGGCCUGCCGGCGCCUUACACGCAGGAGCCGGCACGGGCAGGUCUCACGUGCGCUGGUGGAUGGCUGUGUAAGGACAAGCUGUCACUUCGCUCUGGGCUGCAUCCCCGUCUCCUGUAAAAGGCUGAAAAUCCCCCCGGCACCACCACCUAUAUCUGCAGCCAACAGCACAGGCACUAGUAAUGGCAUUAAUACUUCUCGUUCAGCGUUUAGAUGCUGACUGGCUCUGGAUGCAAAGGCGGUCAGGUCUUGCCUGCAAAUGCGAAACUCUUUCCAAGAUGGAAACACCCAGGGCUGAGCACGGUGGGACACUUCUCCUAGUGCCAACAGGCACAGGCAGGUGCUGUUUCAAACACUUGUGUCUUCAGCUUCCAAGUGGCCUCUGUGGGCUUUUAAAGGGAGAAGCCUUCUGCUCUGUGUUUGUUUUCCUGAACUCAUAAAUCUUCCAAGGUGCCAGGUUAUGAUGAGAUUCUGCUUGUUUACUGACUGCUUUGCACUCGGGCUGAUCCGCUCCGUGAUGCUGCAAAGGGAAAUGGCUGAUUACCUCUCGAGACACAACCUGAUCGCCUGAUACCACUGCUAAUAAAGAAAAUUCUCGAUCCUUGUGUCAA